CAGACGGGGCGGUGCAGGGCGACCAGCCAAUCACCUGCGCCUGCCGGCUCCAGGUCUGGCCGUGGUCGGGAACCCGGUGCCCAAAGUCGCCCUUUGGGUAGCAGUUCCCGUUAACCUUAGCCACAAAGUCAAAGGUGGCAGGGCUGAGACCUCACCAGCACGGAUGCAGUAGGGCCCUGCAGGAAUGGAGAGCAGCCUGGCUGGCAGCAUCUCAGGAGACGGGCUGGCAACAAUCAAGCAGGAGCAGGAGAAGCCAGAGCGGCUGUUGCCUACUGUGGCGUCUCAGGCCACGCUUCCAGAGAAGGAAAAGGAAAACGUAUUUCAGCAGCAGGGCGGCCUCCCACCAUGUCAGACCAUGAGGCGGCCCUGGCCUCUGGAGUCACAGGAGGAGACUGGGGGUGCAUUGUGGGCCCCACCUCCUGAGCAGGACCCCCGGCUGGCUCCUCAGGUUCCAGGGACAGCUCCAGGUCCUCUGAGCCCUACACUUUCUGCGGGUGGGGCUCACUUCGUGUGCGUGGAUUGUGGGAAGAGGUUCAGCUGGUGGUCAUCCCUGAAGAUCCACCAGCGCACACACACAGGCGAGAAGCCUUACCUGUGCAGCAAGUGUGGCAAGAGCUUCAGCCAGAAGCCCAACCUGGUGCGCCACCAGCGUUACCACACCGGCGAGAAGCCCUUCUGCUGCCCGGAGUGCACAAGACGUUUCAGUCAGAAGCAGCACCUGCUCAAGCACCAGAAGACCCACUCACGGCCUGCCGCCCACACGUGUCCAGAAUGCAAUCGGGGCUUCUGGCAUCAUGUGGGCCCCCACAUCCACCAGCGAGCACAUGCCCGAGACCACCUGGGUACCCGUGUCAGCUUGCAGGAGAUGCUCCGAUAUGCUGCUGCACGCCGCAGGGCCUGUCGCCCGCGCUCGGGAUCCCCACGCUGGCGCCCCGAGUGGUUCUGGUUGGGGCUUUGCCAGGGUUGGUGGUGCCAACACAGAGUCCGGACAGCAACCCACAGUCGUUUGGGUCCCAGCGAACAGCGCCAGUUCAUCUGCAAUGAGUGCGGCAAGAGCUUCACGUGGUGGUCAUCGCUGAACAUCCACCAGCGCAUCCACACUGGUGAGCGACCUUACGCGUGCCCUGAGUGCGGCCGCAGAUUCAGCCAGAAGCCCAACCUGACGAGGCAUCUGCGCAACCACACGGGCGAGCGGCCACACCCGUGCUCGCACUGUGGCCGCAGCUUCCGCCAGAAGCAGCACCUGCUCACGCAUCUGCACACGCACCUGCCUGGCGCCCAGGCCACAAGGUGCACCAGCUGUGGCCACAACUGUCCCAGCCGUGCAGCACUGCGGGCCCACCAGCGUGUGCAUGCCGCUGCGGAACUGCUGCGCUCACAGUCUGCAGCCCAAGGUGGUGUGCCCGGCUCCGAGUCACAAGCUGAGAUUGCCCAGAAUGUGGCUGUGAAGCCCCAAGGUUCCUAUGGUGCUAAGGGAGUGCUGUGUGGCCAAGGGUGCGAGACUCUGGCGGCGCCCAGUGAUCAGCGCCAGUUCAUCUGUAACGAGUGCGGAAAGAGCUUCUCGUGGUGGUCAGCACUCACCAUCCACCAGCGCAUCCACACAGGCGAGAGGCCGUAUGCCUGCCCAGACUGCGGCCGCUGUUUUAGUCAGAAGCCCAACCUUACCCGCCAUCUGCGCAACCACACUGACGAGAGACCCUACCUGUGCACAACCUGUGGCCUCGGCUUCCGUCAAAAGCAGCAUCUGCUCAAGCACCAGAGAGUGCAUCGGGGCGCACAGGCGCCACACCCUACACCCAAGGAGGAAGAGGUGUAGUGCGCCAUGUGCAGCGAAUGGUGGUGGGGCGUAGAGUGUGUAUACUUGG